AUGCCAUCAGAAAAGGAACAGUUUUUUUGUGAUAAAAAGCAAAUUUUUUUGUUAAAACCUAAUGCUGCGAAGAAUUUUUCUACAGAUACUACUUUGGAAAAAAUAGAUAAUUUGGAAAAAAAGGAUCAUUUGGUGAACGAUCCUUUAAGUGUGAUAACUCAACCAGCAAUUUUAGAUGUCAAUGUUGCUUAUGAACUAAAAAAUGUGAAAAUUGAUUUACCCAAGGUGAACAUUCCAAACGAAGUAUUAUUGAAACAUGAAGUUGAUAGAUUUAGAAGACUCUUUCAGUGUAAGCAGCAAACUGCAAGGAAGUCCUUAAGUCUAGAGAAAAUAAAUGGAAGCAAUCCCAACUGUUCAGAGGGAAGCCACUUGCAAAAUAAACCAGAAGUGCAAUUUGAAGAAGGGUUGAAAACUACAGCAAAGAUACUGAAUUUCACUUGUACAAAGUGCAAGGAUAAUAUCAGAUACAGCCCAAAUGAUCUGCAGAAACAUUUUCAGCUGUUACACUAUGGCGAGUUGCCUUUGUAUCCUUGUGAGAUGUGUAACUUCGCAGCCAAUGACUUCCAGUCAUUUAAACAGCAUAGACGCACCCAUCGUAGCACUUUAGUAAAAUGUGAGCUCUGUAAUGAUGAGCAUAUGUACACUUUGUUGGAUUUGACAAAACACUUCACAUCAAAGCAUUGUGCAAAUGGUCACUUUCAGUGUGAAAAAUGCGGGUUUUCUACCCGGGAUGUGGGUACAUUUGUUCAGCACAUUCACAGACAUAAUGAGAUUCCAUAUAAAUGUGGAGAAUGUCAUCACAUAAGCUUUACAAAAGAGGAGUUCCAGGAACAUCAUCUUGUUCAUACCAGAGUGUUUCCUUUUGGUUGUCAGUAUUGCAGUUACAGGACGCCUCGGAAAGAUUAUCUCUUAAAACACAUCAUAGCUUUGCACAGAGAGCACUUAUAUGCAAAAGAAAAACUGGAAAAGGAGAAAUGUGAAAAAAGAAUAGUGAAGACACCAGAAGGACUGAAGCUUGUGUUAAGAAGGUAUAAAAUGGGAGCAUCAAAAAAACCACUCUGGAGACGGAAAAAAAUAAGCAGUGAAAGUGACGAAACUGGAGAAAGCAAUGCACAAGUGCUACGAAGCGUGAAUAAAAUUCAAACAAAAGCUGACGAGCUGAAUCAGUGUAUGAGAGGUGUGGAAGCAAAUGAAGGAAAAGAUCAAAUUAUGUAUACAGGAAAGCAUAAUUUCACGGGUGGAAUGUUCUCUGCUACUGCUUCACAAUACAAUAAAGCAGAUGAUGGAACAAGUUACGGCCUAGGAUUGUUGAAAAAUGCUGUUCACGGGCCAACGGUAUUGAUGGUAAAAAACAAUAAAAUAUCUGUUCCAGCAAAUUAUAGUGCUAAAUUUAUGGGAUUUAAAAUGGUAGAUGGAAAACAACAUAUUGUUAUAAAGUUGUUACCUACGAGUAAGCAAAAUGUACAUUUGUUGGGUCAGAAAGCUGAUCCUAUUAAAGAUGGGUCUCCAACUCCUUUGCUACAGACUGCUGAUCCCUGUGGCUUGUCUUCCGGUGCUAUACCACAUGUAACUGAUCAGUCAACCUUAAAGAACAAUUCUGUUCCCCCAUUAACCCCCCCUCCAUUUUCUUGUUCUGCUUCUCAUUCAGGAAAAACAAAAGUGGGAAAACAAAGUAACUCCUUAUUGUAUGAUAGGAGUGUUUCUCAAGCUGUAGCACCUUCUAAUGUAGCUGUAGGAAAAAGUAUGAAUUAUUUGCCAAUGAAGUUGGGCUCAACUGUACCUCCAUGUGGUGAGGUGACAAAAGUUGGAACUCGAAGUAAUAUCUCGUGGGGAAGCUAUAGUCCUCCAAAUCACCCUCAGGUAUUGCCAUCCACUAUUACAAAUAUGCUUCACUAUGACCCUAUGAAAAUGCCCUUCUAUCCUAAACUGAAUAUACAAAAUGGUGGCCUGAGUAAUAGUAAUGGAACUAACGAUCUCUAUUACCCAAAUUCAGUGGAUUCUUCUAAUGAAGGAUUGCUGUCUUUUCACAACUAUUCCAAAAUGGACACUUCAGAUGAUCCAUGUAGCAUUUGGAUGUCAGCAGAAGACAGAUACAAAGAAUUUAUAUAUAGCAAAACACUUCCUUUUCAGAAGAGUAGAAGCAAAUCUGCAUCUUCAUAUUCAGAGCCAAUGAAAGGCUUAAAACCAGAGAAAGCUGUAUCAAUCCAAUCAAAUAUUAAUAAAACGUAUGGACAUGUACACACUAAGAAGAACUCUGUAUCUUCUAAAAGCCAAUCCAAAUGUGGUGUUGACAGCGAGUGUUUUAUGGAGGACCAGCAUAAUGGCCAGCAGUAUUUGGAUGCUAACAACUGUCAAGGCUUUGAGAACGUAGCUGAGAAAUUCCAAGAAAAUGCCUCUGAUUGUGUUAACUCAGUCUUAAUGCCUAAAAUCACAUCUGUUUUCUCAUUGCAGAGUGAACAGGCAUCUAAUUAUUUAUCGCCUGAAAUAAACCAGUUACUGCAAGAUGUGUUAAAAGUGAAAGCAACUGCUCAGCAAGAAUCCCACAGCAAAUCAAAUAACUGCAUAAAACUUCAUUCUGACAAGCUGCUUUCUGGUCACAAGAUGGGGAAUAAAACCUUUACGCAUUUAAAAAGCUCUGCAACUUCAUGUGGUUUUCAGAGGCCUCCUCCUAAUGUAGACUUCCAGUUAUAUAAGAGAGAGUUGAACACAAGAUGUAGCAGAAAUGAAGGUACGCAUUGUGGGAGAGAAAAACAGACGCCCAGAACAUCAUAUGCUUCACAGGGAAUGCAUAUAUUAUCCAGAACUCCAGGUGCUGGUACAUUGCUGAAGAGUCCUACAGAUACAAUUGUAACACAGCAAUUAGGAAAAGAGAAAAUACGGUCUACAACCCCAAAUCCUUGCAGCUUGUCGCCAGUUCUUCAGGAACAGAAGAAACCGCUUUUAGUUCAGACUCCUACAUCAAGAUUUUUUGUUCCUUUGCACCUUGCUAACCAGCCUGGACUACGGGUGGUUUCAGGAAAAUCACUUCCGUCAACCAGUUCGUCAGAUGGGCAUGUGACUAAAGGUGUACCAGCAUCUUUUGUCUUAAAUAAGGGACCUGGAAUGAUUUUGACUUUUAGCAGGGCAAUUGGAACAGUUGCAAAUGUACCUAGUGAUAGUUCUCAGGUUUUAGGGAGAGUUGCAUCCGGAGAAUAUGGUAAAAUAACCAUGCCAGCUUCAAAAGUGGAGGGGAAAAAUGUCAGUUUCAGAAGCAUGAGAAGUUCUUGUAAUGGGAAAGCAUGUAGUACAGCAAAUGACUCAUUGAGUAGCAUGCCAUUCAAAGGACCUCUUGUAAUUAAAGACUCAUCAGAGUCGACUCUGAGAGGCAUUUCUUCUGUGAAGGUGUUACCAGAGCAUCAGGAUGCUGUUAGUUGUUCCUUGGAGUCAGUAAACCAACAGGAAAUUAAACAGAAACAACAUGUUUAUGCACUUUUGCCUGAUGUACAGCAGGCAGUUCUUCUGAAAUGUGUGACACCAAACAAGCCUGUAGUUCAUAAACAUAGUGUUUUUCAGGACAAUGCUCAUUGUCAACCAAAGAAAACUGGAGCCAUGCAACAAAAGCUUUUGCUGAAAAUUAAGACUUCAGAUACACUGGCUGAUACCACUCAGUCAGUAAGCAACUCAGUGCCCUCACUACAGUUGGAUAACUUGCAGUCCCUUACUCCUCCACUAGCACAGAAACAAACUAAUCUUACUUCUAAUGAUGCCUUAAUCUUACCAGGUAGGUUAAUGCCAGCAGAUGCCUCUUUGGCGAGCUCUAACCCAGCAUGUUGUGUUCCUCCUGUAGAACCUGUUUAUUCUGCUAGGUCUGCAGGGACAUGGUUGCAGAAUGUUUCUCUUGAGAGUACUGCUAACAACAGGAAUAACUUUGGUAGUCAGAAGUCCACAUGGAGCACCCGAAGCAGGACUGCAAAAGUAAAACCUCAUUUAAAACAAACUGGGUCUAAAAGUUGUGAAACCGUGGGUGUGCAAAGAAAAAAGAAUUUCAAACGGAAAAGUAAGGAUAAUUGCCCAGAACCUCCAAGAAAGAAAGUAAUGUUGCACAGAAAGUGUAAAGAAAAGAAUCAGGUUGAAGUUCUUAGUGAAUCAGGUGUCCCUUACAAACUGAGGGCAUCGAAAGAAACUGUGAGGACUUUGAAAUUACUUCCUUUUAACUCCAAACAGCUUGUAAAAUGCCCUCGGAGAAAUCAACCAGUUGUUGUGCUUAACCAUCCUGAUGCAGAUGUUCCUGAAGUUGUAAAUGUAAUGAAAACCAUUGCUAAAUUUAAGGGACAUGUUCUUAAGGUUUCAUUGUCGAAAAGAACUAUUGAAGCGCUUUUGCAGCCAGCUUUCUGCAAUCCUUUGGACAGAACUACUGAUGAUCUUUCUCAAAAGAGGCACAGGACAAUAAAACCUAUUAGCCCUGUAAAAGAAAGGUUUGUCUUAAAAUUGACACUGAAAAAGACUAGCAAAAACAAUUACCAGAUUGUAAAAACUACCUCUGAUAAUACCUUGAAAGCUAAGUUUAGCUGCUGGUUUUGCGGUAGAAUAUUUGACAAUCAGGAUAAUUGGGUAGGACAUGGACAGAGGCAUUUGAUGGAGGCUACUCGAGGCUGGAAUUCAUUAAUGUAA